UGGAUGCACGUGUGUGUGUGCUUUUUUUUUUUAAAUAAAUACGUAUCAAGAUGGCUGCUAGUGUUAUAUCAACGCCGAUAAAUACGAUAUCUCGCGAGAAUCUUCCCGUGUUGAUAAGAAAUAAUAUUUUAAAUGAAUCUGUAGAGUUUGUCUCGGAAUGUGAUACUAGUAUGAUGGAAACGGAUUCGCCAAUCAGACAACCGAAUCUCGAGCCAAUCAGCAAGAAGCUCUUCCAUUCGCCGCUGCCCGAACGCAGCCCGAGCGAACCCGAGAACACCCGAACUCGCUCCGAACGCAAUCGGCAGUCGAGAAAGAGAAAACAACAGCUUGUACCAGACUUCGAUGCGAAAAUCAAACGGGUAUACGUUAAAGAGUGUGAAAGUGACGGCUAUAGUCCCGAAGUGUGCGGAGGAAUAAGAAAGAAAGUGUUAAUCAGUCUGUUUCAUAACAAAGAGUACUCUAUGGACUUUUGAUGAAUUUUCUUUUUUUAGUUUGAAGUUAGUAUUAGUUUUCUAUCGUGAUAUUUCUGUCUUCCUUCUAUUUUAAGUUUACCUAUUUAAUAAUGAAUAUUUUUUUUUUAUUUUAAUUGAAGUCAUCAUUAAUUAUCCUUUAGAUAAUAUUAGUAAUUAUGAAUUUAUUGUGAUAGUUGAUUAAGAAUGAAUUGUGAAGAGGCUGUCGUGCAUGAUUUAAGUUCGUCAUUGUUCGAAUAUUUAUUAAUUUUCAUUAAUUUAGUUGUAUCAGAAACUAUAUCAGUCCUAUUCUUCUCCUUAUCGUGUGGGUUGUGAGGCGGAAUACCAGCCUCAUCAACCCUGCUGUCAGGGUUAUUGAGCCGCCAAAGGCCCCUGACGUGCCUCACGUAACGAUUACUCACUUACAUCAGUAAAUAGUAACCGGGACCAACGGCUUAACGUGCCUUCCGAAGCACGGAUCGUCUUACUUUCGGUCAAUCAGGUGAUCAGCCUGUAAUGUCCUAACCAAAGUACGGAUCACAAAGUGAUUUUUGUGAUAUGUCCCCACCGGAAUUCGAACCCGGGGCCUCCCGAUUAUUAUUAAUUUUCAUUUAGUUGUAUCAGAAACCAUGUUAGUCCCAUUUAAUGUACCUACUUAACUUAGGUCUACACAAAAAUUGGAAGCCGUACGCAUGUAGCUU